UACUUAGUCUUUGAGCACACUUGCACGCAAGCGAAUGUGUCGGCUGGUGCUCGCUCCUGACACGGACGCCUUUGAUCCAUUUCUGAGCCAGUUUGUUGCGGUCUACUAAUUGCGAUCAUGAUCCAAUCCGGUUUCUACUGGAUUAAACACAGCCCUCCGAAUUUCCAGCGCACCCCAAUUUGAACGAUCGCCUACAUCUGUUGACAAAAGAAGAGAAAAUGGGAUUACUUUCGUGUGCCAGCGUCGUUGUGAUAACUGUGUUAGCGGAAUUAACCUUCGGAGACAAAGUAUUCCCGCAAAAGUGCUGCCCUGGAAAUCAGGUGUUGGACGUGGAAUUGCGCAAGUGUGUCGAUAAUCCCGCGGUGUUCAAAACCUACCAGGAAGAAUCCGGAGUCAACGAUCCACUUUUACAGUGUUCCGAUGGAUGGGAAACUUUCAAAAUGGAAAACCAGUUCGUCGACGGUGCCAUUGUAGAACCUCGCUUCAAUCAAACAAUAACUCAGUAUUGUGUUCAUUCCACUGCAUUUAAUGAUGUUCGUAACGAGACUGUCGUAGCCUACUGCCGCACUCCAGCGCAAGUGAAAAAAUGUUGUCCGAUGGGCCAAUCAGUCAAACGCAAUUCGAUCAUGGAGUGCAUCGCCAACGACCGAAUUUUCAACGCUUCCAAAAUAGUUACUCCGGCCGGAUGGCCAUUCAAAGUCGUGGAGAAUUCUUCGUUGACUUGCGAAUAUGAUUUCAACAUUUACGUGCCAAAAAUGUUCGUCGAUAACAGAUAUGAGGUCAACGCAUCCGGCUACUUUGUUGUGAAAAGAGCCUUGUACAAAGUAUUGCGUCAUUCCGACAAUUAUUGUGUUGAUACUGCUGUCGAUGCUGAGGGAAACCAAGAGGAUAUUGCCAUGAUAUGCCUGCCGUGGAGAAUGAAAUUGGUGCGGUAUCUCCUGUGGGGUGUCUAUUCGUACCUUCAUUACGUCUCGGCUUUCUUCCUCAUUUUGACGUUGGCCGUCUAUGCCAUCUUCCCUCCACUUCGUGAUAACAUCCAGGGGUACUCGAUGAUCAGCUUCUUGAUUUGUAUGAUUAUCGUACAACUCGAAUACGGAAUCCUACUUUCACUUCCGACCGAACCCCACACCUGGUGUUUUUUCAAAACGAUUGCUAGUAAUUAUUUUCGCUAUGCGUCCUCAACCUGGAUUACCGUGAUGGGAUUCAACAUCUGGAACCAGUUAAAUUCAGGUCCCAGACCAUCAAAUAGACGGGACUUGCUCAUCCGUUCUGCAUUGUGUUCCGUCUACGCUUGGGGAUUGCCAUUCGUACUACAAAUGGCUGUGGUUAUUUAUCGUGAUAGUUUGGGACCACCUGUCCGUCUUUGUUGGUUUGGAAAUCCCAUAAUGAAACAUUUACUGAGCACACCGAACGUCAUUCUGGUGACGGCCAAUUUGAUUUUCUUCAUUCCAAGCGCUCUUAAAGUUUAUGGAAGUCUCCGUUUCCUCAAAACUUCUGUUUCGCCCGUGGCUCUCAGCAAAUUGGAAAAACAAAGGAUUACCACGAUUUUCCGUUUCUUCUUACUGAUGCAGUUUUACACGAUACCGAGAAUCGUUCACGAAAUAGUCGAUUCAGACAAUGCCACUCCCGAAUUGCUCAUCUUCAGUGUUUCUCUCUACAUGUUGAUCGGACCGGCCAUGUUUUACUUUUUCGUUUGCAAGACCGAAGUUUACAAAAUGAUUAGGGACCGUGUGGUCAAAAUCAAGGAAUCUGCUUCACGCGCAUUAACUAGUAGUAAUUCGACAAAAAUAUCUUCGGGCUCCGUGAAGUUCUGGCGCUCACGAUCAUACCAAACUUCUUCGGAUGAAUCCCCUGCAAAUGAGACCAGCGAUUCCAAGCCCUCAAACAUUGAGGCAAUAAAAUAUCAACAAAAUGGAGAAGACCUUGGAGAAGACAAUUUAGCAUAUACAGGCGAGGAUCAUUCAGCCUAGAUUUGGAUGGAAAAUAUACCAAUAAAAGAUGCGCGAAAACAUACUCGUGGUGAUUGGUACAAAAAGUGGUUAUUGUGUUGAAUAGACUAUCAUUGAGCUUUCUAGAAAUAUUGACAAAUUUUAUAUUGCAAUCUACUUGACGAAAAAUAAAUUAUGUUUAAGAAUA